AAUAAUAAUGAAUAUCUGCCUGUCACAUGUUACAGUCAUGUGACCUGUCAUCAUCAACGCUGCAGUUCAUCAUGGCGGCGUCUGUUUUCCACAGACUGAGAACUGGGUCCAAAAUAGGUGUUCACACAGCACAGUAUGACCAAGAAGGCAACCUCAUCCAGGUGGAAACCCGAGAGGAUGAAGAACAGAGCGUGAAGCUGGCGGAGAUCCUGGAGCUUCUGCUGGCAGCGGGAUACUUCAGAGCACGGAUCAAAGGGUUGUCACCUUUUGAUAAGGUGGUUGGUGGUAUGACCUGGUGCAUCACCACAUGUAACUUUGACAUAGAUGUGGAUCUUCUUUUCCAAGAAAACUCAACUAUUGGCCAGAAAAUAGCUCUGACGGAGAAAAUAGUGUCUGUGUUACCAAAGAUGAAGUGUCCUCAUCGCCUGGAGCCCCAUCAAAUCCAAGGGCUGGAUUUUAUCCACAUUUUCCCAGUGAUACAGUGGCUGGUGAAGCGAGCCAUUGAGACCAGGGAGGAGAUGGGUGACUAUGUGAGAGCCUACUCCAUUUCUCAGUUCCACAAGACCCACAGCCUUCCAGAGGAUGAAGAAUUUGUCCAGAUGAAAGACGAGGCUGUCAGGGCAGUUCUGGAUGUAUUGGAAGUGUACAAACCCCAGAGAAAGUACAGGAGGCAGAGAGAUGCAGGGGAGCUGCUGGAUGAGGAAUCCAGGGUUCACUCCACUCUGCUGGAAUAUGGCAGAAUGUCAUAUUUCCUGGUGCGAUAUGGAUUCAGCAAACAAUCCAAACCAGACAAGGUGGAUGAAAGGAAGGCUUCGCUGGCCAGUGGCUGUCAAGCAGCGCCCUCUGGGAUGGCGGAGGUAUCAGAGGAAGUUGACCUGCAGGCAGCGGAGGAGAUGCGAAUCAAAACCCUGAUGACCAGCAUGGCUGCCAUGGCAAAUGAAGAGGGGAAGCUGACAGCAAGUGCAGUGGGUCAGAUAGUGGGAUUGCAGUCUGAGGAGAUCAAACAGAUUGCCUCAGAGUACGCUGAAAAGCAGUCUGAGUUGUCGUUGGAGGAGCGUUUAGAGCGCUACGGUCCUCUCCAGCAACAUCGCAGGGCGAUGGUCUCACUCAACAAACAGAUCCAGCAAAAGACUAAACAACUGGAGGAGUUACAAGCAAAGCAUGAAGAGGUGAAAACAGGCUGUGACGAGGCCAAGAAAAAACUGAUGGAGGCUACAGAGCACUCAGAGAAACUGGAGAAAGAGCUGAUGUCUUUAGAAGAGAUAGAGCUGCAGGCUGACAGCAGCUUGCUGGAGAAGCUGAGGGCUCUGGUGACAAUGAAUGAGAACCUGAAGCAGCAGGAGCAGGAGUUCCGCACACACUGCAGAGAAGAGAUGGCUCGCUUGCAGCAGAACAUUGAGGAAAUGAAGAGCACAUCAGGACAGGAUACAGAGGAAGAAAAGGAGAGGAACCAGCUGAUAGACAAACAGUACAACACAGACAGAGAGAAACUGCAGAAGAUCCGUCUGCUCAUGGCUCGGAGGAAUCGUGAGAUCGCCAUCCUGCAGAGGAAGAUAGACGAGGUGCCGAGCAGGGCAGAGCUGACCCAGUACCAGAAGAGAUUCAUCGAACUAUACAGUCAAGUUUCUGCAACACACAAAGAGACCAAGCAGUUCUUCACUCUGUACAACACGUUAGACGACAAGAAGGUUUAUCUGGAGAAGGAGGUGAAUCUGCUGAAUUCUAUACACGACAACUUCCAGCAGGCCAUGUCGUCUUCAACAGCCAAAGAGCAGUUCCUCAGACAGAUGGAGCAAAUAGUGGAGGGAAUCAAACAGAAUCGCAUCAAGAUGGAGAAGAAGAAGCAGGAGAACAAGAUGAGGAGAGAUCAGCUGAAUGAUGAGUACCUGGAGCUGCUCGACAAGCAGAGGCUCUACUUCAAAACUGUAAAGGACUUUAAAGAGGAAUGUCGGAAGAACGAGAUGCUGCUGUCCAAGCUGAGAGCAAAAGGGGCCUCUUAGCACUGGUAUGACUGGUAUGGUUUUUUGAUAUAAAUGAAAUGUGUAAUCUAUAUAAGCUGAUCACACAUUAACUGUACAUGUACAGAGUUUUUCUUUUAGUAUUCCACUUUGUUUCAUCACGCUUCUUUAUGGCUAAUAUGGUUGGAAACCGACACUUGGGACUGAUCUAAAACCCUGUGGGAAGAGUCCUGGCUAUUACAUUUACACUGUGCUCUCCACAUGUGCCAGAUACAGCUGACUGAGAAACGCAAAUGCCUUUCAUUGUUCAAGUGAAAACUAGCUCAUUAUUGUUUUAUAUAUUUUUGCAUAAUCUUCAGCUACAGUGUGAUUGCAGCACCAAUAACAACCAAAAAUGAUCACCAUUACUAAAUUAUAUGUAGAAUAUAUGUUAAAUAUGCAGGAACACUGUAACAAACCUAUAAAUCAUGACCGUAUCUUUAAUAUCUGACAGAUUUUGCCCUUUGGAACUGUACUCACAGGGAGCUUAGAUAUCAAAGCUAGUCAGAACUGUAUAUGUACUUAUAUAUGUAUAUUAUAUGUACUUUACACAUUUAAAGCUCUUCAUGUUGAUCAUAAAGUUGGUCCCAUACCUACUGAAAGAGACGACUAAAACAAUUUAAAUUUCCUGAGCAUGUUGUGUUGUUUGCUGCUGUGUCAUUCGGGGAGUUUUAUGAACCAGUCCUUAAAUUGCAUCAUAACAUGCUGAUGUGUUCAGAUUCUCAGUGCAGCUUUAAACUUUACUCUGUGUAUGAAAAGUUCUUUUCCAGUUAUGCUUUUCUUAUGUGCCUCUGAAGUUUGAAUUCACCUCAUGUCUCACAUUUGCCUUUGUCAUCAUCCAAUGACCAUGUAGAAGCAGUAUUUAAUGAAUAAAAUAAUCUUUCUAUUAA